AUGAUAGCUGCAACUCAGGUGCCAGGCUUGAAUGAAAUAUCUCGACAGGCGGCCUCAGGUAGUCCAUUUCCACAGGUACUACCGCCAAGGUACCCUGCCAACAAAGUCAGCACGGCGGGGCUGCAGUCAAGCAACCACGGCGCCGCACAACUCGUGCACGACGUGAACAAUGUGGCUGCUGAGAUUCAUCAUCCGCUUAUAACUGCUGCUGACUACAGCGACCGUAGACAACUUCUGUCACACAUAACGGUGUUGAGUGGUCAACUGCAGCGGGCGCAGCUACUGCUUCGCAACACGCCAAGCUGCGUCGUGUCUGACGCUGAUAUCGCACGUUUCGAUCCCCUUAUUGCGCAAGCUGAGGUGGAACGUCUUGACAGCGCACUUGCGCAACUGAGCCUCCUUCACGAAAUGGAACGUGCCCGUAGUGGCUCCUUAGAGGCAGAGCAACAACAACUUCGCGAGGAGCGCAAUCAGCUUGUAGCACGAGUGGACACUUUGGAGUCCCGUUCAGUGGCGCUAGAGACGGAAAACGUGCAGCUUCGCAGUGCUUUGGAAGUGGCCCAGCAGGAAUUACAGGUACUGCGCGUGGGGGAGUCCGCCCUCGGAAACAAACUACAUGCAAUUGAACAGCUUCAGCGUGACGGAGGGCGCUUUGACGGUGUUAAUGUUGUCAUAGCACCACCACGCGCAGUCUGUAGUACAGCGGCAAAGGAACUGCAACUGCAGGAAAACAUACAGCGGCUGUCGCUGCUGUUGGACAUGAUGAUGGAUCCCAUGUACAUUGCAUUUGACGCCGGGGUAGUGUGGAUAACAGAAACGGAGCACCAUCGCGCUGGUGGGCAAGUUUGUGGGGCGGCUCUCAGCAAUGCACCUCAUGACAGCGAAGAACUGACGACGACGGUUGGUGGAAACAGCCCUCUUGGUAAUGCGAGCGACGCGACACUACCGCAAGAUGUCGUCGCUAAUCCCCCUCAUGUUGUUGCAAGUGAGGUGGAUAUAUCUCUACUUCAGCAACAACAGCAGGAAUUGUGCCGUCAGUUGGACGCAGUAAGGGAGAGCUGCCGUGUUGCCGAACGAAAUCAAGAGCGGUUACAGGAUCUCUUGUUGGAGGAACAGCGGCGUACAGAAGCAAUGGCCCAGGAACACUGCAAGCAGUUGCAGUGUGUGCACGACAGGGUGGUCCAUGAGCGCCGCCAGGUGGUGGAGAGCCUCGUGGCAGAGGUGGAGGAAAAGAUGCGGAAUGCCUUCCGUGAUGGCCGCUUAUAUCAGAAGCAGUUGGACGAGAGGUUGAUUCACAGGCGUUCGUCAAGUACAUUCCAGUCACGGAGUGGGCAUUCGUCAGCGCGAAGCACCCCUUUUGCGUCACGGCACAAGGCGUUUGGUGGCAAUGGGACGUGUAAAGGAGAUGGGGACGCGAACAGCAGUCGUAGUGCUCGUUCGCCGAUACUCGGUGGAUGA